AUGGGUUCGGAAAGUGCGAAAGGUGUUUUGCUCCGAUCGGUAGCAGGGCAGCAGGAGCACAAUCGGGGCUGUUGCCCUGUGAUUUGGCCGGGAAACAGUUCUUUCUCCUGUGGUGUUUGCCUAGCCGAGAGCAAGAAUUAUGGAGAAAAACACACACUUCAGCGUGUGUUCAUGGUAGCAAACGAACAAGAUGAAGGAAAGAUAGGGUUGUUGGUCUCUUGGUUUCAGCUUCCACUGAGAAAAGAAUUACAAACACGUUUCUUUUGUGUGUAAUAUGUUUAAAUUUAAAUGUGGAAGAAAUGUUAUUUGGCUGUCAAUUUUGUUAAUUUUUUUGUACUUUUAUUGAAUUGUAGAAGCAAAAAUCAUUUUCCCUUUGUUUGUGUGUUAGCUUGGGUAAGUUGUAUUGUGGAGGUAAUA